AUGUUCUGGUCAAAUGCUGUCCCCUUUGCGGGGCUUUGCUCUCUGUUUCUCGACGUCGCUGCAGCGCAGACAAAAUACGAGGUUCAAAAACCUCCACUUGACACCGACUGGACUUACAAGGUCGGCACCAAUCCUUGGCCGGAACAUCCGCGGCCGCAGCUCAAACGCGAUGCUUGGAAGAGCCUGAACGGAAUCUGGACAUGGAGAGGCGAUGGCGAUCUCAGCAACCCGCCCAAAGCAGGCCCUCUUGAUCGUGAAGUGCUGGUCCCAGCUUGCAUCGAGAGCGCUCUGUCAGGACUGCAGGUCCUUGACGAGCGUGAGUUCUGGUACCAGCGGUCCUUCGAGGUAUCGAAUGACUGGAAGGGCCAGACCGUUCUGCUUCACUUCGAGGCCGUCGACUACAACUCAACCGUCUUUGUCAACGGGAAAGAAAAGACGACGCACAUUGGGGGCUACGACCGCUUCUCUGUCGACGUGACGGAGGACAUCAAGUUCGGAGAGUCGAAUGAGCUGCUCGUCUUUGUCAGCGACCCGACAGACGAUCAAGUUAUCCCCAUUGGCAAACAGACCUUGCGGCCGAGUCACAUCUUCUACCGCUCAUGCUCAGGCAUCUGGCAACAAGUCUGGCUUGAGGCCGUACCGAAAGAUUACAUCACCGAUUUUGACCUCGCUGCGGGUGCAGAUGGUGAAGUUACCGUAACAGUCCACACAUCUCAAGAGUCCGGUAAGUCCGCCAAAGUGGUGAUCGAAGGCAGCGAUGGCACGGAACUGGCCUCCCACGAAGGAACGACCGAUGAAGAGUUCACCUUCACCGCCAAGUCGCCAAAACUAUGGUGGCCCGACUCCCCAACGCUUUACAACAUCACCGUAACACUCGACAGCGGAGACAAAGUACAAAGUUACACCGGCUUUCGAACCAUAUCCAAAGGUAAAGUUGAGAACGUCACACGACCGCUCCUCAACGGCGAGUUCGUGUUCCAAUUUGGAACUCUUGACCAAGGUUUCUGGCCCGAUGGAUUGUACACUCCACCUAACAGGGAGGCCAUGGUCUCUGAUUUGAAGCUCCUGAAGAAGUUUGGCUUCAACAUGGUUCGCAAACACAUCAAAUACGAGCCUCAUCUGUUUUACCAAGCAUGCGACGAGCUUGGCCUGUUGGUUAUCCAAGAUAUGCCCAGUCUCCCUGCAGACGGCAAUCGCAAACCCAACGACGCGGAGCAAGCCGAGUUUCAACGACAGUUCGAGAUUCUUGUAAAACAACACAAGAGCUACACUUCAAUCGUCACAUGGGUUAUCUACAACGAGGGCUGGGGUCAGCGAGACGGUUCUCCUGAGAAGAGCCUGACUGAGCUGGUUCGAAAGCUUGACAAGUCGAGACUCAUCAACUCUAUCAGCGGAUGGAAUGACCACGGAUUUGGCGACUUCCACGACAAUCACAAUUAUGCUGCACCUCAAUGCGGCACGCCAUUCUACUCGCAGCCCAAGACUCCAUACGAUCCUGAGCGCAUCGGCAUUGCAGGCGAGUACGGUGGCAUCGGUCACAACGUCUCGAUAGACCACCUUUGGAACGUCAAACAAGCCAUCGAUAGCAUCCCAGAGACAUACGAAAUCAACGAGGACCUCGAUUCAUACAAUUACCGAUCCGGCGUCUUAUUCCGAGACAUUCGUGAGCAAACUCAGCGCUUCGCUUGCAGCGGUGCCGUGUAUACCCAAACGAGUGAUGUUGAAGGCGAGGUGAAUGGUUUGAUCACGUAUGAUCGUCGUUUCGUGAGGCCAGAUGUUGAGAAAUGGCAGAGUGAGAUUGCCAGUGUAUACAAGGCUGCAACUUCUCGAGGUGGGCGUGAGUCUGCUGAUAAUGGGAAGAGAGUAGCUGGGUCAUUGUUGGACUUGUAG